CAUUGGUGCCAUUUUACAGCGGCGUCAACAUCUCUGCGCACAUUUCGUAAAAAUAUCGUAUAUAUUAAUAUUUAGACGUUAUAAAGUAUUUAGCGCUUUGCAAUUGCAACAAGUGAGUGGUAAUGAGGCUGUUUACAAUUUGUUCAAACGCACGCUAGCAUCGCACAGCACAAAUACGAACCUUGUUUCGUUUCCGUCCCCUAGGCGUUCCAUCACAACAGUGCCAGGAAUAGCCCAUAGUAGGCUAACAGAAAGCAGCGCAACAGCGACGGCAGCAACAACAGCGCAACAGCAAUGGAUGUUGUUUGUGUAAUUGAUACUGUUGUGGGCGAUCAUCUGGAGGACCGUCUCUGUGCCCUCGAGGAGGUCAAACAGGCGGUGCAAUCGGCGGGUGCCAAUUUUCAUCGAGUGCAGUUUGAGCGAUUGGAUUUUGGGGAAACGAAUGUGACGGAAACAUUCAUUGAUGCCGAUGUUGCGGUCAUCGAUUUAAGCAUAUUAACCCAACAGCGUCCCUUGUCCUAUCAUUAUGGAGUUCGCGAAAGUUGCGGAAUGAAGGAAACAAUCUUAAUCUACAACGAUGUGGAGUCCAAACAGACGCUCAGUCUCAAGCUUUCAUGUGCCAACUACUUGUUUCUUAGUUAUAAGCUCGAUGGGGAGACCAACACCUGCAAUCUUACAAACCAGUCCAGCAAUAAAGAGCCGCCCGCCACAUUACAGUCGCGUCUCAAGCGCAAGCUGCAAGAUGUCGAAAUACAAUCAAAGGCGCAUAUGCGUGAGAAAUUUCUCAGUGACCUCAGAGCUUCUCGGGAAGAGCAUGGAGAGCAUGGGAUCGCCAGAAUGAAGGAGAUUCUACAUGGGAUGCGCAAACGUCUGGAUGAUCCCCAUGUGCUAUCUGUUGAGGUGUUGCACAGUUUUAUGUUCUCUCUGCGCGAUGUGCAGGACUAUGAUGCAAUGGUGCGGCUGGUGAACGAUCUAAAGAACAUACCAAACACACGCAAGUAUGUGGAGACAGGCAACAUGAGUUUCUUAUAUGCAUUCGCGCUGAAUCGACGCAAUCGGCCGGGCGAUCGAGAGAAGGCGCUAGAAUCAUCACUAAAGGCUUUGGAGAAGGAGGUGAAUCAUUUUCCCGAUAUGCUGUGUCUCUGUGGCCGCAUCUAUAAGGAUAUGUUUGUGGAGUCAGACUGCACCGACACGAAGAGUUUGGAGAAUGCCAUCAAAUGGUAUCGCCAGAGCUUUGAGGUGCAGCCCAAUGAAUAUGCUGGCAUCAAUUUAGCCACAUUGCUGGUGAUUGAGGGUAAGGAGUUCACAAACACAGUGGAGCUGCAGCACAUUGGCAUGACGCUCAACAAUCUCAUUGGCAAGAAGGGCAGCUUAUCGACGCUCAGUGGUUACUGGGAUGUGGCGACAUUUUUCGAGAUCUCUGUGCUGGCCGAAGACUACACUAAGGCAAUACAAGCAGCUGAAUGUAUGUUUAAGCUAAAGCCACCGGUUUGGUCGCUCAAAUCGACCAUUGGCAAUAUAUCGUUAAUACAUCGUUUCCGACGCAAGCCCGAGGAUCAUCAACUAACCAUUGAAGAGCAGGCUUUUCAGUUCUGGAUGGACUUUUUCCUAGCGGCCAUCAACAAAGAGAUUAAUAGCAUACGAUUUCCCAUAUUGAUUCUGGAACCCAACAAGAUUUAUAUGCCCAGCUACGUAACUAUGAAUAUGGAUGCCGAUGAGAAGUCAAUACAAAUUGUGAACAUUUGUCUGGCGCACUCGAAGAAUGAUUGCAAGAAGCUGCACGACUUUCUGUUCGUGGCCUCCAAGAUCAAAUCGGUCAGCCUUUAUAAGCGGGAUAAUCUCUGCGCGUAUCUCUAUGUACAUCACAAUUCGGAUGAUUUUCAAAUCUACUUUCCGUCCACCGAGUGCCGACAAAGCUUUUACGAUCGCAUACUAGAAAUGACUGCCGAUCAGCAGGUAUUUGUCAAUUUGCAGACUGACGAGGCGCAAAUUGAGUACGAAUACGAUUACAAUGAACAGAACAAAAAGAUAACACUGGGCAAGGGAACUUACGGUACUGUGUAUGCGGCGAGGGAUAGACAAACCCAGGUGCGCAUUGCUAUCAAAGUUGUGCCGGAGAAGAACUCUCAGGAUGUGCAGCCGUUGCAUGAGGAGAUCAAGCUGCACUCACAGCUCCGUCAUCGCAACAUUGUACAGUAUUUGGGAUCACGUUCCGAGGAUGGUUUCUUCAAGAUCUUCAUGGAACAAGUGCCUGGUGGCUCGUUAUCUGAUUUGCUUAAGACAAAGUGGGGCCCACUCAAGGAUAACGAGUCCACCAUGGCCUUCUACUCCAAGCAGAUAUUGCAGGGUCUCAAAUAUCUGCACGAACAGGAUAUUGUGCAUCGUGACAUCAAGGGCGACAAUGUGCUGGUCAACACGUAUAGCGGCGUCGUCAAGAUCUCUGACUUUGGCACAUCCAAGCGAUUGGCACGCAUCAAUCCCAUGACCGACACGUUUGCAGGCACACUGCAAUACAUGGCGCCCGAGGUUAUUGAUCAGGGCGUACGUGGCUAUGGGCCGGCAGCUGAUAUUUGGUCCUUUGGCUGCACAAAUGUCGAAAUGGCAACGGGCAGUCCACCUUUCAGUGAACUGGGCAAUCCACAGGCGGCCAUGUUUAAGGUGGGAUUCUACAAGAAGCACCCCACCAUACCCGAGGAAAUGUCACCAAAUGCCAGGAACUUUAUAUUGCGCUGCUUUGCAAUUAGCGUUCAGGACAGACCGUCUGCCUCGCAGCUGCUCGAAGAUCCAUUUCUACAAGACAAACCUCGCAAGCCAGUGAGACCCGUACUGCCCAUUAGUACCUCCGAGUAUGGUCGAAGCAUAUCCGUGCCAGCAGAUCGUUUAAUACAGAAGACAACGCCGCCUUUGACUUACAACACCACAUCGAAUACGCCUACAACGCCGGAUCUGGAAGUUACACUCAGCACAUCUUCAGUGGACAUUAUUGAGAUGGGCACCAAUCACAUCGAGCGUCGAAAUUCAUCAGGUUUUCUGCUCUCACCGGAAAUUGAACCGCUGACACCUUCACUGCGCACCAGCAUCAGUGACACGAGCGAAACAGAUGGUUUCUAUCGCUUGAAGAAAGACUCGCAACGGCGCACAACGCUGUCCAAGGUGCUGGCACUGGACGAGUCAAAGAUCUGUGAACUCUGGGAGAAAAAGAUCAAUGCGGAUCAGAACUCUAUAGCCAUACAUAAGAGUGAUCUGGAGGUGUUGAUACGUGGACUUCGCGACUACAUUAUGAGCGAGAACGAGAAGCAUCUGGAGGCGACCAUUAAUGAACUGAAACAGAAACUCAAUAACGAUCCGGUGGCGUUGGAAUAUUUGCAUUUGGCACUGUACUCAUUUCAGGAUGCGGUUGUUUGUGCCUUGCGCUUGCAUUGCAUUAAACCGCAUUGGAUGUUCGCGUUGGACAAUCUCGUGAAGCGUGCUGUGCAGGCGGCUAUUACCAUAUUCUCACCCGAAUUGGGUGCCAAUUUGGCCGAUAAGGAUCUGUCGGGCAAUGACGACGAUAGUGUGCAUAACGCACAUGCAUCCAUCGAUAGCCAGGAGAAACAGGCCAUUAGCAGCAGUGCUGCAAAUCCCUUGCCACAGGCUGAUCAGCUCGACGGUGUUGGCAACUCUAUUGAGUGUGCGCGCAUCUUGCGUGAUAUACGUGACAAUCAAAAGCAACUGCAGCUACAGAUUAUGGAACAGAAUCGACAGAGUCUGCGUGCUUUGCACAACAUCAGCCAGGAAUUGGCACACAUCUAUAUGGGCGGUCGCAAGCGUUUGAGACGCACCUUUAACGGCUUUAAUAAGAAGUGCCAUAGAAUGAGUCCCAGUGGAGCUGGAAAUGUUGCCGCACGCCCAUCGAUAAAUGCGAAUCCACGACGCCAACUUACCAAGCACAAUUUUGGUCUGCACGAGAUAGACGAGCAAUUGGAGCAAUGGUUGUCCCAGCAUGACAUUGAUGAUUUCUCAAAGACACUCAUUCUAAAUGAAGGUUUCACAUUUGAGGAUUUCAUAUAUAACAUGGAGAAAUUGGACCUCAUGCGUCUGGGAUUAAGGGUUGGCAUCGAGGUGCGAUUGUGGAAACUCAUCAUACAGGAACGGGCCUGCACCUCAGAAUGCAUGGAUGGCCCAAAUAGUCCCACAGAGUCAUAUCACAAGCCGGUUAACAAUAACACCAUAACUACGAGUGCAACAAAAGCUAAACGAAGCGAGAGUGAAUACGUCUCGUGCAGUGAGUGACUAAGCCGCCCGGUGAAUUAAAUGAUCUAUUCGGAAUAGAUGGAUUUAAAAUAUAAAGUGUAGAAGCAGGAGAGAAGAGAUGUGCAUAGACACAUACAUCGAUUGUUGUUGUUUUUACUGAUUCUGUUUAAUUGUAUAUGUUGUCUUUGUGCUAAUACUAACAGUUGCAGCCCUUUAGAAAUAAGCUUAAAGUUCUUCAAUGCGUGCGAAAGUUUGCCUUUAAUUAACUCUAAAUGUUAACUUAUAAAAUAAAAUUUAAGUGCCUUUAAAUUAAAAACCUGAAUAAAUAUAUUGUGAAAAGCUUUGCAA